CCUAUAUGAAUUGAUUUGUCAUUUUCACUUUCAUUGCGUUCAUAUUUUUUUUUUUUUUGCUGUUUGUUGUUGAUACGCCAUUUUUUUUCAUCAAAACAAAAAUUCGAAUCGGUGAUAAUCAGAACAAAAAAAUGUCCGCUACAACGAAUGUGUUUGAUAUAAAUCAACCAUCAACAUCACAACAAAAUCUCGUUCAAUCAUCAUCAUCAUCAAACGAGAUGAAACCGAAAUUAAAUCUUUCGGAUUAUCGACGACAAAUUCGUAAUCGUCGUCUAAUAUCGAAUAGUAGAUUGAAUCAAACAUCAAAUAAUGGUAAUAAUAAAUUACGUAAAUGGAAAAAAUUAAAUCUACGUCGUUAUGCAAAUAAUGAUGAUGAAGUUGAUUUACAAAAAGUUAUCUAUUCAUGUUCAUAUCAAUAUUAUUCGGAUGAUUAUUUAAUGCGUAUACAUCAAAUAUUAAGUAAUGAUCUUGAUUAUCAUAUUGGUUAUCAAAAUUUUGAUGAACAAUUAACAUUAACAACACAUGACCAGCAAUUGAUUGAUGAAUUUGAGAUAAAUACAUUUGAAGAUGUUUAUGAUUUUGAAUUAUAUUCAAAACAACAAUCAUUAAAUUAUAUUGAACAAAUGAUUGAAAAACGGCAACAGGAAAAAUAUCAAGAUCAAUUGGCACAGGUUAGUUAUGAUGAACCGGAUCCAAAUAUUUUACAUGCAACAUUUAUUGAUCCAUUACGUGUUGAACAAUUAACGAAACGUAAACGUCGAUGUCCACGAACAACAUCAACAACAACAGAUUAUUUAUCAAUUUGUGAACCAAUUUUAGCCGAUGAGGAAGAAGAAGAUGAUGAAGAUGAUGUUGGUGAUGAACGAUUACAAUUAGCUAAUGGCCAUAAUGAAGCAAAAUUAUCGAAAAUUCAAUCGAUUGGAAGAAAAAAAUUUCGUUCAAAUAGCCAAACAACAACAUCGACAAAUGAUUUAAAUGGUAGUGAUUCAUCAUUUUUUCCUGAAUUAUUUACACGUACAUCAAGUCGUGGACGUGUUAUAAAACCAAAAAAUAAUGAUCAAUGGUUAUUAGAUAUGGAAGAAUUGGAUGCAUUGGAUGAAAUUAUUGGUGCUUAUGAUAAUGAAAAUGAUGAUCAUUUUGAUAAAAUUAAAUCUACCAAUGAUGAUGAUAAUGAUGGUGAUGAAAAUACCCGACAACAAUCAACAAUGAUGGAAAAGAAAUCAUCACCGAAAGAAUCAUCAUCAUUAUUACCAACAUCAAGUUCUCGUACAUCAAUAUCACCAUUUCGUACACAAAUAUCUGAUAAUAAAUCUCGAACAUCAUUAUCGAUUCAUCGAAAUUAUUCAAUAUUAAGAAAUGGAAAAUAUUCAUCAUCAUCAUCAUUAUUAUCACGUACAAAUAAAUGUCGUUCACUUUUAGCACAGCCAUCACCAUCAUCAUCAUCGACAACGGCAACAACAAUCAAUCAGACAAAAUUACCAUUAAAAAUACAUAAUAUAUCUUAUAAUGGUUUACCAAUGAAAAUGAAUGGUGAUAGAAAAUUAUUGUUUUCACAACAACAACAAUGUUCAACAAGUAAAAAAUAUGAAUCAACAACAACAAUGAUUUCAUCGGAAGAAUCAAAAUUUACACCAAUUGUACAGCUAGAAGAAUUGGAUACAAAAAUAGAUUCAGAUGAUCGAUCUAAUGAUGAAAAUAAUCAUCCUGAUAAUAUUGAUACAAAUAAUAAUAAUAAAUUUGAAUAUCCACCGGAUAGACCGAAUAAUUUACAACCAGCAAAAAUAUUUUCACGUUUUACACCGAUGGGUUGGAAAUCAUUUUUAAUUAGUCAAAAUGAUACGAAAAUUUAUGAAUUUAAUUAUGGAAAUUUAGGUAAUGAUCGUACCGUUUUUAUUGAUACAAUAAGAAAAAUUGGUGAUAAUAUUGAUGAAUCAAUAGCAUUUGAUCAUAAUGAUAAUCAGAAUAAUAAGAAUAAGAAUAAAAAAUGUAAAAAAAUACCAUUCUCAUUUUCGGAAGUACCAUUUUUAAAUCGUUUACAACAAUCGGAUAAUGAAUUUCGUUUAUAUUUAAGUACAAUACCAAUGUUAUUGAAUAUGUUGAAUCAUCGUGAUAAUGAAGAACAAUCAAAACAUUUUCAAGAAAAAUCAGAAAAAUAUAUUAAUAUUUUAGGUAGAUUUUAUGAAAAACAUUGUCAACGAAGAAUGAAAAAAAAUAUAAUAAAAAAAAGAUCAAGACAAUCAUUAUUGCGUAGAUGGCUUAUGAAUGAUGUUCAAGAACAAUAUUCACUUUAUUCAUUAAAACCAUUUGAUGAUGUUUGGAAUGCAAAUCAACAACAACGUUUAGAAAUAUCGAAAAAAUUUCAACCAAUUCAUACAACAAUUAAUCGUUCGAUGCCAAUUGUACCGAAAUCUGCUUUUCCAAAAUCAUUUCAAUCAUCAUCAUCAUCAUCAAAAUCUAUUUCAUUAACACCGAAACCGAUAACAGUAACACCAACAAUGACAGCCAAAGUAAAUUCAAAUGGUCAAAUACAAUUAUUUCGUAAAGAAAUAACACCAAUCAAAUUAACAACACAUCCGAAUAGAUCAACAAUUGGUUCGAGUGCAACAGCAACAGCUAUUGCUGCUGCUGCUGCACAAAUUCAAAAAUCAAAUCAAAAUUCACAAUUACCUGUUGUAUGUAAAAUUCCAAAUAAUGUUGGUUUUAAAUUACAUCAAACUUCGUUUGAUACAAAUAUGAAAACUAUUCAAUUGAUUCCAUCGAGUAUGUUUUCAUCAUCCUCAGCAUCAUCAUCAUCAACAACAUCAGCAACAGCAUCAACAUCGCCAACAGCAACAACAACAAAUACGAAACCAAUAUCGGUUACAUCGAAACCGAUAAUAUUUCGUGUACAACCAUCAUCAUCAUCAGCAAUUAAUCAAAUUGUACAACAAAAACGAAUGGCCGAAGAUCAACCAGAACAACAACAACAACAACAACAGGAUCAACAGCAGCAGCAGCAGCCACCAUUGAAAAAGAUAAAAACUGAAAUCAAUGAUGAUGAUGAAAUAACAAUCGUACAUGAACAUAUACCAAAAAAACCGAUCAAAUUGAUUCAGGUAAUUCCGGAAAUAUUUACAGGUAAUGGACCAGAUGCAAUACCAUUAUCAUAUGUAUCAAGUCAAUUAUUAACACAAUUAGAUCAAAUACGUAAACAAAUAUUACAAAUAAUGUAUGAUGGUCAACCAGAUGCAACAAAAGAUGAACGUUUAAAUGAUUUAUUAAUACAAUAUUUUAGUUUAUUUCGUGGUUUUAUUUAUUUACCAAGUGAAACAAUAUUACCAUGUGAUGAUUGGGAAAAAUCAAAAAAAAUUAAACAUUCUGAACAAUAUUGUCGUUCACCAUUACGAAAAUUAUUUCGUUUUAAAUGGGAAGAUUCAUGUUCCGAAUCAGCAAUAUCCGGUAAUGAUUGUUUAUUUGAAUUAACAUCAAUAUUAAUGAAUUAUAGUUUAUGGUUAAUGGAUUUUUGUCGUACCGUAUCAAGAAUAUUACCAUUAAAUUAUUUAGCACAACAUGUACAGGCAUUUCAAAAAAUUUUAAAUCGUUCAGCCAGUAUAUUUAAAUAUAUUCGUCAAUAUUGUCUACCAUAUUUACCCGAAUUAUUAACAAUGAAAUAUGAUUUAGAUCCAUUAAUAAUCGAUACAUAUUAUUAUCAAACAAUUGGUGAAUCAUUGGAAAUACAAUUUUUAAAAAUAUUAUUAGAUAUGUUGGUUGAUCCAUUUGAAUUUAAAUUAACUGAUUAUGGUGGCCCGUAUGAACCAAAAUCAAUUGCACAAUUAACAUUGAUUGUUUCACGUAAUUUUUAUGAUGCAUCUGAAUGUUUAAAAAAAUCAUUGACGGAAUCAUUAAAUAAUGAUAAAAAUGAAACAAAUUGCUAUAAACAAUGGUUAACAUAUUUAGAAUUAAAAUAUUAUUAUUAUCAAUCAUGGAAUAUAAUAUCAUUAGCAUAUGAUCAAUGGUUACAAAUUAAUAAUACAAAUAUAAAAAAUGAUCAAUUACAAAUUGCUAAAGAUAUUAUUGAAGCUGAUCGUUAUCGUAAAUUAUGUAAAACAUGUAUAAAAAAAUAUAAUACAAAUCGUCGUGAUAAACAACGUGAAGAUCGUAUAAAUAAAUCAAGUUUUUUAGCUGAAUUACGUUUAUAUAUACAGAUGAUCAAAGAUCAGAUACGUACAAUGAAACGUGCAUCAAUUGAAUUUGAAUCAUUUGAUUAUGAAAAAAAAGAUGAUAUGGAUAAAAUUCCAUAUAAAUUACCAUCAUUUGAUGAAAUUUGGAAUGUUAGUUUGUAUAGUGAAUUUGGUAUACAUUUAGAUCAAGAAGAUGAAAAUGCAUUAGAAUUACAAACACCCGAUAUUAAGGAAGAACGACGGAAAAAAAAAAAACGAACAAAAUUACAAGCAUUAACAAAUUGGUUAAAAUUUAAAUCAAAAGAUAUAAGAAAAGGUGGUGAUAAACGUCAACAACAGCAACGAGAACAAAAACAAGAUAUUAAUCUAAAAUCACCAAUGCCAUAUGGUGGUUAUAAACAAACAUCAAAAAAAUCAAGAAAAAAUAUAACACCAUUAACCGUACCGGUUGAUGAUUAUGAUUAUGAUGAUGGUCGUCAAAGAAAACAAUCAUCAUCUAAACCACCAAUACGAUCACAGAAACCGAAAUUAUCACCACCCAUACAACAACAACAACAACAAUCAACAAGAGGAAGUAUACCUCCGCCACCUCCUCCUCCGCCGCCACCUCCAGGUAGAGGUAAAACACCACCACCUCCACCACCACCUUCAGGUAGAGGUAAAAUACCACCUCCGCCACCUCCGCCACCACCACUUCCACCUUCUACAAUAACAAUCGAAAAAAGAAAGGAAGGAAAAGCACCGUUAUUAUUUUCAGGUAAUACAUUUCAACAGGAAUUAUUGGCAAGAAUUGAACAACAACAACAACGUGGAAAAAUCGGUACAUUUAUGCAGCCAACAAGACCACCACCACCGGAACAACCAUUAUCACCAAAAUUUAAACGACCAACAUCACCUAUUGAUUUAGUUGCAGCAUUAAAACAACGUAUCGGUGAAUUACGUGAUGCAACAGGAAGUAAAUCUUUGGAUGAACCAUCAAGUAGUGAAUCGGAUUCAUCAUGGUUAAAAUCUAGUAAAUGUUAAUGUUUUUUUGUUUUUUUUGGUGGGAAAAUAAA